AUGGUCGCCUCCGAAUCCACGCCCAUCCGGCGUUCGUCGACUCAGCAUUACCAGACCUUUGCAACCCCGCCGCCCAAAUCGCGUGGACGUCCUCCCUCGAACGGGUCUGAUUCUUCACACCCGGACCCUUCUUUACACACCAAUGGAAAUGGAGACCAUUUUUCAGGGCAGGCACCGCUGCCCAAGAGGCAAAUGGCUGUGCUGGCCAUGAUUGCACUGGCCGAGCAGACCGCGCUCAAUUCCAUCAGCCCUUACCUGCCCAACAUGACCGCGACGUUUCCCGAAGUACAAGGCAAAGAUGUUGGUGUAUACGUGGGUUUGAUCGCCUCCGCCUUUGCGCUCGCCCAGUUCGCGACCAAUUACUUCUGGGGAUGGCUGUCGGACCGCAUUGGGAGGAAGCCAGUAAUCCUCACAGGCACCAUCUGUACUGCCAUCACCUUUGUGCUUUUCGGAUUUUGCACAACACUGUGGCAAGCUAUAGUUGUGCAAGCCUUGAUGGGCAUGUUGAAUGGAAAUGCCGGGUUGGUGUCUACCUGUCUGGGUGAGAUCACCGACCGCAGUAACCAGUCGCGAGCCUUCACCUAUCUUCCCGUGCUAUAUGGGAUUGGAGGCAUCACUGGUCCGCUGCUAGGGGGCUCUCUCAUUUUUCACACCAAUCCGUUUGACAAAAGCCAGCCGAACCCGUACCCAUACAUCGUGCCGAAUAUAGUAUCAGCGGCCAUCUUGGUUAUCGACUUGGUUUUGACAACCAUUUUCCUUGAUGAAAGCUUGGAGGAUUCCGAUGCCCUGCCGAGCUUCACCCAGCGGAUCAGGGAGUUUUUCAGCUCGUUUUGGCAGUUUACCACCUCUCAUCGGCCUACUUAUCUACGGGCCGGCUUCAGUGGGCCGUUUCGGUACCACUCAGUGCCCCAGGUGCCCCAGAUUCCAACCCGCGGUCGCUCCUGGAGCGAUGCUACUAGAGAUAGUGACUUGGAUUCAGCGGUCUCCCCGAUGUCCCCUACCGAGCAUGAACACGAACAUGAACUAACUCGGGAUGAAAUCUUCAACCGAGACACUGUUCUUUUGUUAAUCACGUAUUUGAUUUUUGCCCUUGCCAACGUCGCCUUUAAUUCCCUUUAUCCCAUUUUCGCCGAAGCACCAGAGCCAACCGGCCGAAACCUUACUCCACAGGAGCUUGGACUAUCGCUGGGAUUUUCUGGCGUGGUAACGAUUCUCUUCCAAGUUUGCAUUUUUGGAAAAUUGCGUGAAAAGAUGGGCAAUAAAUGGUCUUACCGUGCCGGGCUGCUGGGUUUUGUCGUUUCGUUCCUGCUCAUGCCUUUGAUCGGAUACAAGGGCAACGACGAGGACCACUUAUCGAAGAAGACAAUCUGGCUAGCCAUUGAACUGUGUCUUGUCCUUCUCAUAAAGACGGUUGCUGCCGUUGGUGGGUUGACAAGUUCGCUUCUACUCGUCACAAACUCUGCUCCCAACAACUCCGUCCUCGGAGCUCUUAAUGGACUCGCGCAGACCCUGUCUGCGGCCGGACGAGCCAUUGGUCCUUUUCUCUCCGGUGGACUGUACUCGCUUACCAUUCACGUGAAAAGGGGCGAAAUACUCACCUUUGGCGUGUUUGCAGCCGUCACAUUUAUCGGGUUUGUCCUGAGUUUUGGCAUUCGGUCGCCAAACCUAGAAGCUGACGGUUGGAACGACGACUCAGAGGAUAUCGACAAAUCGGACGACGAAAGCGAUGCUGGAGCUUGA